CAGAACACCAUUCUGCCGUGCCAAGACCAGUACUUUGCAGGGGGUCAGAGCUAUGAUUGCCCAUACUUCCCCGCAACCUCAGCGCCCACUGUUGAUGUUACCAAGGAUACAUGGGUCUCUCUCUGGGCUUAUGGUCUCCUGGACGACACAUCCAGCAACCAGGACCCACAAUCCCAUGGGCAGCUGUGCGAUGCUGGCAGCACACUACAAGAUGAUUAUGUAUGGAAUGAGCAGCUAUCUUCUCAGCUGACCACAAACAAACAGCUUCAAGAUACCUUGGUGCAGAGGGAAGAGGAGCUGGCCCGACUACACGAGGAGAACAAUAAGCUGAAGCAAUACCUGAACUCUACCUUCGUGAAAUGCUUGGAGGAGAAGACCAAGAAACUGCUGUCCCAGCAUGGCCUGGGUGCUCCCCUAAAGAGAAAAGCCAGGGUUAGCAGCCUUGCCUCUCCUGAAACCUCAGCCAAAAAGGCCAAGAGGAAUCUUUAUAACGAUUUCACUGCCUGUGAAGGACAAUCCAGUUCUACGGUAGCAUCCUGGGUCCUGCAGACUCUGGGACUCAAAGAUGUCAACACCAUUGAUGAUUCUGCAUCAGCUAACUACAGUGCCAUCCCUAAAGAGCUCAUGGACGUUGGGGGAGCAGAGUAUGGAAGUAUACAAGACUCCCCCUCUUCUGGAUACAGUACAAUCCAUAUGUCCCCUUUGCACAGCCAGGGCAGUUCUACACCCCUGCCAAAAAGUGAGCCAGUCAGCCCAUUUGGCUCUCCUAUUUGUUAUACUCCAGAGGUGUCUCCUAACAAAACAGAAGUUGCCUUCUCCACAUCCCUGAACCCUCAUUGCAAUGUGAAGACUCACAGCUUCUCCAAUGGACAAGCAUUUGUUCGCAGAGAUGGGGAAGGGGGUUGGAAAUUUACCUGGGUCCCCAAACAAUCUGAAUAA